UAGUAGUAUCCUUAUUCCACAAACUUGACUUACACACAUUAACCUGUAGUAUACUUUUUCAGUGAAAAAAAAAAACAACUGUAUUAUUGUAAGGUAAAAACAGAAACGUCUCCUGUGUAAUAACAUGGCGACUGCUGACAGUGUUUGUACUGAAUACAACACUGUCCCAGCCACCAGUGCAGAUGCAGAAAAUAUGCAGAUACCUAUUCAGACAUCAUAUCUGAAUGGGACACAAGGCACUGGAUAUACCAUGCGCCGCACCGUUUUCUUGUUUGACCGUCGUGAGGAAUGUUUGGACUCCAAAGAAAAGGCUUUACAAUUCAUAGGAGGCGAGACCUACCAGGAGUUUCGAAAUGCGGUGUGCAAGAUGUUUGAUAUCCCUUACGAUGACAGCUUUGUUAUUACAACAACAUACAGAAAGGAGAUCACGGAGACAAAUUUUAAUGAAAAUAUACAGGAUGGGGCUACAUUGUAUGUACUUAAAUGUGUUCAGCAGACACUUCAGUCUGCAACAAAGGAACGGAUUGAAUUUCUCCCACAUUAUGACACUCUGGUUAAAAGUGGAAUGUAUGAGUACUAUGCCAGUGAAGGACAGAAUCCUCUUCCUUUUGCCUUUGCUGAACUAAUUGAUAACUCAUUGUCAGCUACUGCUCGCAACAUCGGAGUAAGAAGCAUACAGAUCAGACUGUUAUUUGAUGAAACACAAGGGAAGCCUUCAAUUGCUGUUAUUGACAAUGGGAGAGGAAUGACAUCCAAACAGCUAAAUAACUGGGCAGUGUACAGACUGUCAAAGUUCACUAGGACUGAAGGAGUAGCUGAAAGUGAUCAUUCAGGAUAUGUGCGCCCCCCAGCUGUGCCUCGCAGCCUAAACAGUGAUAUCUCAUAUUUUGGAGUUGGUGGUAAACAAGCUGUUUUCUUCAUUGGGCAGUGUGUCAGAAUGAUCAGCAAGCCUGCGGAAUAUCAAGAUGUUCAUGAGCUAAUUAUUUCCAAAGAAGAUUUUGAAAAAAGAGAGAAAAAUAAAGAAGCAAUAUACAGUGGAUAUAUAAGAAACAGAAAGCCUGGAGAUUCAUCUCACAUUGCAAAUGAGGAUGAACGAUUUUUGCAUAAUCUGAUUAUGGAAGAGUAUGACAAGGAGAGUUUUACUACAGUUAUUGUAACGGUUGUGCAGCCUGAACAUAUCCAAUACCUGAAAAAUUAUUUCCAACUGUGGACUAGGCAGCUGGCACAUAUUUAUCAUUAUUACAUCCAUGGACCAAAAGGAAAUGAUAUGAUAAAUGAAACAAAAUAUACUGGACCAUUUAACAACAUUGAUAUUCAGAUUUCCAUGUUUGAAAAAGGAAAGUUACCCAAGAUUGUGAACCUGAGAGAGGUAAAAGAUGAUAUGCAGACUCUUUACAUUAAUUCAACUGCAGAAAGCUUUGAAUUUAAAACUCAUGUGGAGGGUGAUGGUGUAGUGGAAGGAAUCAUUCGUUAUCAUCCUUUCUUGUAUGAUAAGGAGACGUAUCCUGAUGACCCCAGCUUUCCUUCUCGGCCAUCAGAAGAUGAUGAAGAUGACUGUAUUGUAGUAGAGAAAGGAGCAAGAGGAAAGAGGCCAAUAUUUGAAUGCUUCUGGAAUGGAAGAUUAAUACCAUACACAACUAUAGAAGACUUUGAAUGGUGUUCUCCCCCCAAAAAGAGAGGGAUAGUGUCUGUGGAAUGCUACAACAGAAUUUCUGGUGCACUGUUUACUAAUGACAAAUUUCAAGUCAGCACUAAUAAAUUAACGUUCAUGGAUCUGGAGCUAAAACUGAAGGAUAAAAAUACACUCUUCACAAGGUUCAUCAAUGGACAGGAACAGCGAAUGAAAAUUGAUAGAGAAUUUGCUUCGUGGCUUAAGGAAUGUCAUGAGAAAUAUGACAAACAAAUCAAGUUUUGUGGCUUCAAAGGAAUUGUAACACGACAUGAAUUGCCAGCUAAAAGAAUGCAGCACCCUUGGUGUCAGUAUACAGCCAUUGAGUGGGAUGGCAAAACAUACAAAGCUGGACAGCUUGUUAAGACCAUCAAAACACAGCCAAUAAUCUAUGGAAGCAUUGUUCAUUUUCUUUUGUAUGGAUAUCAUGAUGGAGAUGUAUAUGCUACUGGAGGAGAAGUCCAAAUUGUUGUGGAACCUCAGUCACUGUAUGAUGAAGUAAAGACGAUUCUGAUUUCAAAACUCGAUAGAACUGCUUCUCCUACAGCCAUUAAGAAGUACAUUGAUGAUGAAAUGGCAAGACUUCCUGAUAGACUGUCUGUGACAUGGCCUGAGGGGGAUGAGUUGAAAUUCAGUGAGUCAAGACCAGCCGGAAUGCCUAUAGGUGCAUUGAAAGUUGAAAUAUUGAACAAAAAAGGGGAGACAAUGCAGAAACUUCCUGCCACAAGUCAUGGUGGAGCAAAGAAGCUACUCGUUGAGCUGAAGGUUAUUUGUCACUCUCCGGGUGGUGAUAAAGAAAUUGUCUCUCACAUUAGCCAGCAUGGUGGUAAAUGGCCAUAUUGGUUUAAAAAAAUGGAAAACAUUCAUAAACUUGGAAGUUAUACCUUAAAGUUACAGGCUGUUUUGAAUGAAAGCAGUGCAGAUACAUAUGCUGGAAGAAAGUUACCAAAUCUGACUUACAGAUUCAAUGUUGUAGAGGGAAAACCUGAUAAGUUUUCUGUGGGUGUUUUGGAUCCACCAUUCCGUGUUGGUGUUCCAUUUAACAUUCCUCUAGAUUUUCAGGAUGAAUUUGGUCACCCCACUUUCCCGACAUGUGAGAUGAAGCCUACUUUGGAAGCUAAUGGCCUGGAGUUGCAUUAUGAAGGCACCGUAUUUAAAGAAACAAGUUUUAUCAUUAAAGGAGUGCGAGCAAAAGGUCUUAUAAAUAAUUGUCUGGGCAAGAACUUUAAUUUAAAGGUAAUCCUGCCAGAUUUGAAAGAGAAUUCUCAAAUCUUAAAGUUCAGAUUACUGCCUGGUCCUCCUCAUGAACUUAGAGUGAAGCCAGAUUCUGCUGAGUUAAAGAUAGAAAAUGGAACUGCUAUUUCUUUCCAGGUGGAGGUGCUGGAUGAGUCUGGAAAUAUUACAACUCAACCAAAACUGACAGUACAUUGCAAGUUUGUAGGUGUUUCAAAUCUGCCCAUUUAUACUGUGGAUUGCAGCAAUACUGGGACAGGUGUUUUAACUGGUCCAGUUAUCCAUGUGCAGAAUAUAAAAAAAGACCAUACAUUUAAAGCAAAAAUUGAAAUACCGAGCUGUAAAGAUGUACCUUCAGUGGAGAAAACCAUUAAGCUUCUACCCAGCAAUCGUGUGGCUAAGCUGCAGAUUUUUAGCUUGGAAGGGCAGAAAGUCAUUCAUAUUUCACAUCAAGAUGAGAUAGUCUGGGAUGCUGGUGAUGCUAUUCAUCAUCUGAUCUUCCGCAUGUACGAUGAGGCUGACAGAGAAAUCACUGUGAAUCACACUGUUGCUGAAAAAAUUAAGGUUAACUGGACUCCCAAGAUAAACAGAGAUCACCUAGUUCAAGGAUUGUUACCUAAUGUAACUGUUCCAACGUCUGUGAAAGAUGUUCGCUACUGUCAGGUGUCCUACCAAGAUGACCAAGUUUCUCUGGAAAGUGCUUUUACAGUAAAACCACAUGCUGGUGAACCUAAGCUACUUAAGUGCACAAUUAAAGGGUCAAAUACAGUUCAGAUGGGAGAAGAAAUGGAUGGAGAAAUUGAUGUUGCAGUAACUGAUCAGUAUGGCAACCAGGUGGAAUCAUUGAAAUCAUCAUGUGUGAAUUUGUUAAAGAUAUCCGGAGAUGACCUGGAUGAGGAAGGCCUAAAAGUAACUUGGCAGGCACAGACACAAACAAUGUGUGUCAAAGGAAUACAGUUUGCACCUGGAACUCCUGGAAGCAGAGAAUUAAAUUUUGUUUGGCAAGAUUGUUCAGAGAGUAUAAAAAUUCAACUGAUUUCUGGUCCUCCUUCUCAGUUUACUCUUGUGGACUGGCCAGAGGAGCCGAUUUCAAUUGUCAGUGGAAAACAUCUAACCCAGCCUCUUAUUGUCCAGUUAUGUGAUCAGUGGGGGAAUCCUUCUUCUGAACCCAAUGUCAGAGUUUCUCUUACGAAAGACAGUCAUUUAAAGAUUAUUCCUGCUGCACAGCAACAGAAAACUGAUGACAAAGGCAGGGUCAGCUUUGGAAAGUUUCAAAUUACUGCAUCCAGAGGUGAGCACAAAUUACAACUGAAGGCCAUUUUUAAUAAGAAUACACUGGAGGGUCCUGCAAUUAAAAUGAAUGUCAUCCCUGACCCAGAGAAACCUGUUGCUUUACUUGUGGAAUAUGAUAAAAGUGCCUGUUUUCCUGCAGGAGGUUUUCUGACAGAGUUUGCUGUUAGUGUCCUUGCUGAAGAUGGGAGCACAAUGAAGAAUGUCAGUGCAGCUCGCCUCACAAUGAAGAUCUGGAAGGGAAAGACUGGUGGUUCAACCCCUCCAGCAAGUGCUAUAACAUUGAACUGCAGCAAAGGCAAAGACAUUGAUAAAGAAGGUUGCUUUUAUUUCAGAGACAAAGUUAUUCCAGAUCGAGUGGGGCACUACACCAUUCAGUUGGUUUACUUGAUUGACAAGACCACUACACUGUACAGUGAACAGAUUAUAAUCGAUGUGGAGGCCAAUGAACCAGUGAAAUUAAUGCCAGAUACCCAGCCGGGUACUCCUGCUGUUUCAAAUGUUCGGAGUGUUGCCAGUCGCACUUUGCUGAAGAAUCUCUGCUUGAAAAUUAUGGAUGAAUAUAAUAACCCAACAGCAACCCAUGCAAAUGGAAAAGUUAUUGUAAGAAUUAAAAGUAGUAAUGAAGACUCUGAGAUUCCACAAUUUGUGGGAAAUACUAGCACAGUAGAUUUUCCUAUCGGUAAAGGUCUGGCAGAAAUUUCAAACUUGGUGCUUGCAGAAAAUAGCCCUGGAAGAGACAGCACAGAGUACUUCUUGGUGUUCGAACCUGUCUUGCCACCCACAGCUGUUAAAAAUCCUCUUCCUUCAUACCUUUUGCCCUUUAUGUUUUAUAAUGAUUUUAAGAAGCAGCAACAGAUGGCAUCACUGACAAAAGAGAGAGACCAACUUUCUCAGUCUGUUUUGGCAUAUCGAAGUUUGUUUGAGACCACAAAUCAACUCAUCAGUGAGAUGAAAUGUCAGGCGCAAGAAGCAGCAAUGAAGGAAGCCCAUUUGAAGAGUGAACUUCAGAAACAAGACAUAGAUGUCACUGCAACGAGUACAGUGUCACAGAUUGACUUAUUACUAAAGCAAAAGGUGUCUAACCGAGAAACUGUCCUUAAACAACCCAGAAGAACAUGCACUUUAAUAAACUACCCCAAAGGAAAUCCUGACGUUUUGGGGAAGAUUGGGCACUUAGCACAAGUUGAAGAAGAAGAGGCAGCGAAAGUUGUCUCCUGGCACUUAGCUAGUGAUAUGGAUUGUGUCGUUACCUUGACCACAGAGGCAGCUCGGAAAAUCUAUGAUGAAACCCAGGGUCGCCAGCAAGUUUUGCCACUGGAUUCUAUUUUUAGGAAGACACUUCCUGACUGGAACAGGCCUUUACCUCAUUUACGAAAUGGGAAGAGUCAUUUCAGGCCUCUUGGCAAUCCUGUGUUUGUCCGGGACCUUCUUAUUUUUCCAGACAAUGUGGAACACUGUCAACUAGUGUUUGGAAUGCUUUUAGGAGACACCAUUCUGCUUGACAGUCUGGAUGCUGCUAAUCACUACAGAAAAGAGGUCGUUAAACUUGCACAUUGUCCAACUUUGCUAACACGAGAUGGAGACAGAAUUCGAAGUAAUGGCAAGUUUGGAGGCCUUCAAAACAAGGCACCUCCACUGGAUAAACUGCGAGGAAUGGUAUUUGGAGCCCCUUUGCCAAAAGCAUACCAUACUUUGGGAUUACAGAUAGAUCUUCUGCAACAGUAUCGUAGUGCAGUGAUUAAGAUGAGUAAUGUAAAGCAAGAACUUGACCAACAGCUGGAAUACCUCAGCUCUCCUGAAAUGAACAAGAAAAAAGAAGAACUUGACGACCAAGAAAAGCAUCUCAAACUUUUGGAAGAGAAACUGGGUAUGACUCCACGACGUACAUCAGAGUCCGGAUUUAAGUCUGGUUCAGAUGCAUCUGAUAACGAAAGCCCUGUACCAGUAAAAAGAAUGAGAAGAGAAACUGCCAAGAAAACGUACAGCACAGAGGAAUGGGUUUCAGCUCCCCUGAAGAAACAACCACUGGAACCAACUAUGAUGACAAGAAAAAGAAGAUCUUUAAAUACAUAAGAAUAGCAAAAGAUUUUUUUUUAUUAAUUAUUGAAAGUUUAAUGGAAACAUGUAAAUACAUUAUAAAAACAGUAUUGUUUUUGAGAACAUUUUAUAAUGAAGUCUAAAGUGUUGGUAUGUUGCUGCUGCUUUCCUUGUUGGUAUUUAAAUGUUACUUCUGCAUUUUUGCAGAUUUUAUUUUUUUCUGAGUUUUAUUUCUUAACAUUUAGAAUAGUUCUAUGAAUCUGUUCUUUAAGUUAGAAAUAAAAUUCAAAUACUGUUAAUUUUUAACAAAACUGAGAA